GAAGAAAGGGUGAAAAAGAAGACAUGAAUGCGAAUUGAGGAAGGAAAAUUCAAUUUUUUUCUUCUCUGAUAACAUUUUUUCUCCCCUUCUCUGUCACACUCUUUCAGCUCUUCUGCAGCGAAUUGUGUGUGUGUGUCUUUUUCCCCCCACCCCAGAGAAUCUUCUCCACCUUGACGCAAAAUUCCCUCCAACGCGCCAGAGCGCGGAGGAUGAACGAGACUACAAUAUAUAAAAGGGAUCCAGACACACCAAUGAUCAAUUGCAACUCGACUCUCCUCAGAAUAACACAUAAAUUUACAUUUGUGCUCCACAUUCGACCAUCCAAAGCACUCUCUCUCUCUCUCUCUGUCUCUUGUUGGCUAUAAUUCAGCAUCUUGUGCUUCAAGAAAGGGUUGAUAAAGUGUUGCAUUCUUAUCACAGUUUCAAUAUUAAAUAAGUGCCAAAUUGGUGGAAAAUCGCGCGCUUUUUUUUGCUCUUAAACCAGUUGAAUUUUGUGUGAAGGAAUUUGAGAUGAAAAUACUUGGAUUAAUUUUCAUUCUCUGGAUUGCUGUCGUUUGCGUCGAGGCGGCCGUUGGAUGGCCAGUCUCGAAUCCCAAAGUCCAAAUGACACAGACAAUGAUGGAGAUUCCUCAGUGGCACUGCUUGCGCUACUUCAAGCACGACAUCCACCUGAUGCGGCGCUGCCGCAACUACAGAGUGCCAAUGUUCCGGAAGCCAAUCGAAUGAAGGCACUUCCGAGCGCCCCGAAUUCCCUUGUCUCCGCACGGCUAACUUCUCAGCAGCACCAAUUCUAGGGCAUAUUUUUGUGAUAUUACUUUGUAAAUACCUUUUUUUUCACUCCCCCCUAAAAUGACCUUUUAUUUAAUUGCCAAUUGUCAUGACGAAUUUAAUUAUUUUUCGCAAUGUCUCCCAAGAGAGAAAGGAAGAAAAAGAGAAACACGAUUCUCCCGAUUAAUUAAUGCAAGAGAUGUUGAGAUGCGAGAAUGAAGAAUAAAUUCCGUUCCACUAUUUUUCAAAUUAACCUCUUUUUUAUGGUGUGUAUUUUUUUUUUUACCUUUGCAGAGAUAUUUAGGAUUAUUGUAUUUUUAUUUUGUGCAUAAUUUAUUUUAGCGUGGACAAAAUGUCAGAGAGAAAUUGAAUGAUUGAAGGAAGAUUGUAACUAUUUUUUCGCCAUCUCAUUUCUUUUUGUUGUUAAGAGGAAAAUUAUUAUCAUCAAACUUAAUGGAAAGCGUCUAAGAAAUGUGUGAAACUUGUCCCACCACAGUAUCUCUAUAUAUAUACAUAACAUAAUAUAUAUAUAUAUAUACUGAAGAAUUAUUGUAAGCUUAAGUGUUUUGUUGUCAGUAGAAUUUCUAAUCCACCAGAGAUUACAACUAAAGCGCUAUGAAUAAAGUAUUU